GACCUUGACUCUGUAGAUAGAGCGCAAAACUUCAUCUGCUGCUUUGAGUUUUGCUCUGUUAAUUUGUGAAGCCGAAGGUGCGGAGCGGCUACUUCUGAAGAGCUGUAACCAUGGUGUCAGUCAGUGAUACAGUUCAGUGCUUUGUAGAGGUACUCCUAUCAAAUUUGGCCUCAACCUGUGUGUUGCUUCUGGCCUGCUGCGCUGCUGUCCGCUGGUACAUCCGAGAUUCCUACAAGAUCGGUGGUUUUAGUCAGAAGCACGUGUUUAUCACGGGCUGUGACAGCGGCUUUGGGAACCUCCUGGCCAGGCAGCUGGACCAGAAAGGCUUCAGGGUUAUAGGCGGCUGUCUCACGGAGAAAGGUGCUAAAGAUCUAGCAGCAGCGACAUCCCCCAGACUGAAGACCACCCUGCUGGACGUUACAGACAGCGCGAGUAUCCGGAGUGCCGUGGAGUUUGUGAGCAGAGAGGUGGAGGACCGAGGUCUCUGGGGGCUAGUGAAUAAUGCUGGCAGGUCGAUACCCAUUGGACCGACACAAUGGAUGCAACUGGAGGACUUUGCAAAGGUCUUGGACGUGAACCUGAUAGGGGUUAUUGACGUGACCCUGCAGUUUCUGCCUCUCCUGAAGAAAGCCAAGGGCAGAGUGGUGAACGUGGCAAGUAUUCUGGGGAGGCUUUCCCUCACCGGAGGAGGAUACUGUCUGUCCAAAUGGGGAGUGGAAGCAUUCUCCGACAGCCUCAGGAGGGACAUGCAUCCCUUUGGCAUUAAGGUGAGCAUCAUUGAGCCGGGUUUCUUCAAGACUGGAGUGACCAAUGUGGAUCUCAUCAACGCUGAUCUGAGGCGGCUGUGGACGCGCCUUCCUCAAGACGUUAAGGACUCAUACAAAGCUACAUUCCUGGACAACUAUAUGAGGAUGCAGGGCUUCUCUAUGAACAUCCUAUGCUCUCCGGAUAUCUCCAAGGUUACCUGGUGCAUGGAGCACGCGCUCACCGCCCAGUAUCCACGCACACGUUACGGAGCCGGCUGGGACGCCAAGUUCUUCUGGAUCCCUCUGUCCUACCUCCCUUCAUUUGUGUCCGACUUUGUUGUAAACAUGUUCCUGCCCUCACAUAAAGACACAAGAAACGACUGAAUAAGACACUGGGAAGAAGCCAAAGCAUGCAGAAAAACCCAUGCAUGCUUGGAGAGAACAUUAACUGUCGAUGUAGAGACCCCAGCCAGGAUUUGGACGCAGGACCUUCACCCUGCAAGGCAACAGCACUCACAACUGCCUUGACCUGGACUUGAAUGUGACAUUUCUUUCUGGAAUAUUUUACGCCUGGCUGCAUUGUAUGUCAUCAGAAAAAGGAAAAUGCAGUGUUCUUGGUCACCUUUAUACUCUGAUGCUGUCCUAAAUCUUGCCAACUUGAACCAUUUUAUUCUAAAGUCCUCAAAUAUACCUCACACUGCUGGAAAGUUAUACUUUCUCAUCCUCCUCUACCUGACUGCGAGUUACAAACUGCAGAUAUUCUGUUAAGAAGGGGUUUGAUUGAGAUGAAUACCGCCCUCUUCUGGACAAUAUUCUAAUUACAUGACCAGCACCUUUAGUAAUAACUCUUCAGGGCCCCCUUUUAUAAAAUUCUUCAUCCAUUUAGAAGUGAAUUGUUUAUUCUCACUGGAUAAUCAGCAACAAAUCAAUGACCAGCCUUACCUUACCCGAAAUAUGACAACUUUAAACCAAUAAAUAUGUCCUGUCAUUUCCAUAGGACAUGAGUUCUGGCAAAAUGCUAAAGUAAUAUUUUGUUGAUGUUUUUACCCCACUAUGGUAUAUUAAAAUACACUGUGAUCCCCCACUCCCUUCUUCUGACGGAUACCCUUGGAUAUUGAUAAAGCUUUAAUUCUGUGUAAUGUCUGCAAACCACGCACAGCUUUAGCUACAAUGGUGCAAAUGGGAAAAUGUCAAGAAAUUUCAACCAGUAAAAGUGAAUUUUAUUUCAGGUUCAUCAAAUUCACCAUAAUUGAAAGGGAGAUGUUAUCAUAAAAAGCCACAAUCCUGAAAAUAAUCAAAAAGGUGUUUUAAUUAUAAUAAUUAGUUUUAAGGCGUGCGAAAUAUCCAACUUUCUUACAACAGCUUUAUUUUAAUAAAGUUCCUUCUGAUAGAGUUGUUUGUUUUCCAGUUAAAUUGUGCAGUUCUCAUGGAUAAAAAUGACUUUACAUGAAACGUAAUGGAAAUAUUUGUUUUUAAAAAUGAAAUUUAAUAAUUUAGUGUCAAGGCAGCAAAUUAAAAAAACGAAAAACAUUUUCUUUGUUUUUAAUCCUGUAGGGUUGGCUGCUCUGAGGAGACUGUGUUUAUUAAUAGCGCCAUCCGCAGGCCAGAUUCAGAAAUACACAACCAGACUGUUUGGCUUUACAAUAAAAACAAGAGUUUAAAGAAA